UUUUGCGUUUGAGUAUUUCUGCAUCAUGAAGACCGGCGUUGGGCACCGACCUGGCGCGGCGGGGACCGCUGGCCCGUGGCUGCUUGUUUGUUUCUCGCUGCUGCUGCUGCCGUGUUUGUUGGUACACGGGAAUGAGCCCACAAUGGAGGUCCAAGAUGGACUUGUGACCAUCUCCAACUCACCGCUCCUGGUGGUGAAUGGUGAAGAAUCCCGCGAAGUGCUCCAGCUGGGGCGCGAAGUCGAUGCACUUGCUGCGCAGCUGCACGCCAACUUCAGCAACUUGAGCGCUUCUGCCGCCCAGCUGCUAGCGGAGCAGACCCAAGCCCAACAAAACUUCAAAGCGGUCAAUGCAUCGCUGCACCAGCUGACAGCCGACUUGACCGAGCUGCAGCUUAACACCUCAACGAAUCUGGGCCACUUGCGCGACGCCGUCCCUGUUAUGGUGGCCACGCAAGUGCACAGUUUAAACGAAAGCGUGGCCGCAGCUCUCGUUGCUCUGGCCGGCAACGUCUCAGCCCGCCUCACCCAGCUCCGCAACGACAUUCCCGACAUGGUGGCUGCACAAGUGGAUCCAGUAAACAACGCGCUGACCACCUCCCUCGCUCAAAUGACCCAAGACCUUGGGGCUCUCAAAGCGGGCCUGGCGGGCAACUCUUCUCUCAUUCAAGACUUGCAAGGCGAUACUGCCGACUUAUGGGCCGCUCUGGCUGCCAACAUCUCGACCAUCGAGACCAUGAUCUCAGGCCUUCAGGCUUCCAUGCAGAGCCUGACCCCUGAUACUGGCCUCUUACCUUCCCUGCCCGUCCGCAGUUGCCUGCACGCUCGUCAAAUUGGCCAUCGAUCUUCUGGCGUGUACUGGGUGCAGCUCGCUCGGCGCCUUGAACCAACGCAGUUGUAUUGCGAUAUGACCACUGACGGUGGCGGUUGGACCUACGUUGCUCGCGGGCCCGCCACAAGCAACGGCGCCACUGGAUCAAUUUCCCAAGACCCCACCCUGGCAGGCGUUUGGCAACUCUCAACGGACGAGAUCAACGCCAUUGUUGGAAACAAUGCUUACGAGCUGUACAUUGGCCAGGGUCUCAAUGGCGACAUCAACACGACCAACGAAUAUAACGGUAACCCAAACGCAGGCUCAGUCGUCGAUGACAUUCAGAGCUUUCGCGUUCGAUUGCAGUUUACGCCCCUCACUUUUGAGCGGGCUAUGGAUUUGUACUAUGCCUGGGACGGCUCAGAGUGGGUUCAGAACAACGAUACCAAUCCCCAUCGUUAUAGCGAUCGUGGCCCUACAUGGCAAGCCUAUGACCAGGGCAAUUUGUGCUGUGAACGAAGCGAAUCGGGCGCGUGGAUCAAUUGUGCACCUGCGCCCAUUCGCAAAGAAGGUCAAUUUUCCAAUGUCAACCUCAAUCAGCAUUUGCGCUGCAAGUAUGACGACUAUCGCAACGAUGGCUUGAUCAUGUUUUUCCGUGAGCGUCCACAUACGCAGCUGCAACUCCAACCAAGCUGCAAGGCGUAUCGUGAUAUGGGUUUUAGUAUCAGCGGCACGUAUCGUAUUCAACCUAUUCCUGAGGAAGACCCCUUUGACGUUUACUGUGAUAUGGAGACGGAUGGCGGCGGCUGGACCUAUGUGGCGCGUGGCACGUCAAUCUCAAACAAUGUUCUCGGCGAUGUCAGCCUCGAUCCCACUGUUGACGCGACCUGGCAUCUGUCGGCCAAGACAAUCAUGGCCAUUGUGGGCAACAAGCUGCCAUUCAACAGCUACAUGACUAUGGGCCAGAAUGCAGUUUGCACGGGUGGCAACUGCGCGGCUGAGGAGGCCUACUACCGUGUCCGUUUGGAGCAGCAAUCCUUCACCCUAGAGCAACCAAUGUUCUCGUAUUCAGGCUGGACAGGCAGCAUGUGGUCAAGCCAGGGCUCGAGUGGUAGUCAAGCUGACCGUGGACCAAGUUUCGAGCCUGACUCAGCCAAUUAUUGCUGCAAUCGCGAUAGCGAUUCGGGUGCUUGGACGGGUUGUGCCCGGGCAUCUGCCAACCAAGAGGUCCAGGCCGAACUCCCUGAAAUUCUUGUGGAGGAUGACACCAUGACCAUUGUCAACGCCGACCUACUCGUCUCCAAUGACACCGAAUCACGCAGCGUGCUCGAGAUGGGCCGCGCGAUCGACACUCUGGCCCUUGUGGCGCGUGCCAACAGCUCAGACCUGCUGCAGGCCUUGGCUGAACUUGAGGAGGGUAGCUCCGAAACCAAUGCCCGCCUUGAUGCGCUCAACAGUUCAGUGACCCUGUCGCACAGCCUGGUUCUGGAUACCGUCCAGAACGUAUCCGGCGACGUCGCCAACCUCGAGGCCGCCGUCCCUGUCAUGAUUAGCACGCUACUGGAGCCCGUCAAUCAAAGCCUUGGCGAUGCCAUUCAGGACCUGGCUGUGGUUGCCACCGCCAAUGCAUCACAGCUCCGAACCGAUGUGCCCAAUCUCAUCACCGCCCAACUGGAACCGAUGCAAACCACCCUUACCAGCUCAGUCAACCAGCUUGCCCACGACCUGGCAGGCAGCCAGGCACACCUGGCCGGCAACGCCAGUGCAAUUCAGGAUCUUCAAGCGGAUGCCGAGGACCUGCGUCAGACAAUCACAGCCAAUGUAACGACGGUACAAACCCAAAUUGAGGGAAUUCAGCAAGUUCUCACCACCUCCUUGUCCUCGGAUGCCGGCCUCAUCGCCGCGCUGCCGGUCAAAAGUUGUCUUCAAGCUCGUCAAGCUGGCCACACCGCCUCAGGUCUCUACUGGGUGCAGCUGGCUUAUCGCUUGUCGCCCGUACAGCUGUACUGCGAUAUGACCACGGAUGGCGGCGGUUGGACCUACAUUGCCCGCGGGCCAUCAAACAGCAACGCUGCCAUGGGUACCAUCUCCAAUGACCCAACCCUCUCUGGCGUGUGGCAUUUGUCGGCUUUUGAGAUUAAUCAGAUGAGCAGUGGUGGUGCAUACGAGCUCUACAUCACCCACGGCCUCAAUGGCGACAUUGACCAGCAGAACGAUGGUGGCUCAGCCGUUGAUGAUCCGGAGAGUUUUCGCGUUCAACUCCAGCAUUUGCGCUGCAAGUAUGACGACUAUCGCACCGAUGGGCUCAUCAUGUUCAUGCGUGAGCGUCCGGCACUUGAUGUGAGCGUGCGACGCAGUUGCAAAGAGUAUCGAGAUGCUGGCUUUCAAACAAGCGGCACCUAUAUGAUCCAACCCAUAGCCAAGUCGAACCCCUUCAAUGUGUACUGUGACAUGGAAACCGAUGGUGGUGGGUGGACCUACGUGGCGCGGGGAAAUUCGAUUGACAACAAUGCAGUUGGUACUCCAAGCUUGGACCCGACUGAAGCCACAACCUGGCACUUCUCCACCGCCACUGUCUCAGCGAUCCUGGGAAACACGCUGCCUUUUCAGUCCUACGUCACCAUGGGCCAAAACUCUGACUGUGGAUCGUCCUGUGCAGGAGAGCAAUCCUACUUCCGCGUCCGGCUGGAGCGAGCUUCCUUUAUUCUCAGUGCCCCAAUGUUUUCCUACCACGCUUGGACGGGCACGGGCUGGUCCAAUGUGGGAUCUAGUGGUAGUGGCGACGAUCGUGGACCCGCUUGGGAGUCUGGUACAGCCAACAUCUGUUGCCAGCGCGACACUUCCUCGCAUGCCUGGGUCAAUUGCGCCGGCUGCCAUGGCGGCCUCUUGCGUCUCAUCAAACCGAUCAAAGACAUCCCAGAGUGCGCCAACGUUGUCGAGAAAAAUGGCGUCUGCAUCGACUUUUCGGAAGAGACGAGGAAAGAAGAGGCGCUGGGCAGCACAGGGCCGGAAAAAGUUUGCCCAGUCAUGUUCCGGGUCGUGGGGAAACCAAGUUCGGUGAAGUUGCAGGAGAAAGGUGACGCCAUCUUUCUGAAAAGACGGGGUGGCAAUCUCAUCGAUGGGAUUGGCAUACAGGACAUCGUCACCGAUGAUGUGCAGGGCAAAGGUACAGAGAGGGAUAUGGAUUUGGACCGAAAAAGACGGCGGUGUAGGCAAAAAGAACUAGUGGCGCGUUGCUGCGCCAACCUCAACAAGCAUGGGCACGCCCUCACUCGCUCCGGAAAAUCAUCCACAUUCGGGAGCGGCUUCAUCCGACGCAGGGCGGCCAAAAAUGGGGGAGAGAAGCAUGGUCUUGUCUGAGCUGGGAUCAAAAAGGGAUAAAACACAAGCAGUCACGCUUGGCCGGAGAAGGACAAUAGGUUGAAGACAACUGGCUGGGAAAGUGCGCAUGUAAGGAAACAAGAUGCACGGGCAUCGGAGAAUAUUCGC